AUGUCCGUCUCUGCUACUGUCCAAGUCGCCCAGCUGGCCUACUCGGUCACAGCCAGCCGCACGACGUCCACGCAGCACCAGCCUCCAUUUCGUGGACAAUUUCCUAUCGCCUCAUAUGUCUUAUCGCUGAUGCCGAGCAUAUCUCUCCCAGGUACCGGCCGUGCAACCGCUUCUGGCAUUUGCCCUCCGAGCGCCCCGGCCCCUCCGCCCGCCCUCUUAAAUAAAUUCCAGUCCAAGGAGAAGUCCAGCGACGAUGGCGCCGUCGUCAAGGAGCUCGACUCCGAGUCCCUCACCUCUUCCGACGGCGCAGAAACACGCCUCAAGCGUCAGCUCAAGAACAGGCACAUUGCCAUGAUAUCGUACGUCCUCUUCUCUCUUCCCAUUGCCCACUCUUCUCAUCUCCCUUCUCUAGCAUCGGCGGUAACGUCUCCCCCAUGUGUCAUCGGUACCGGCCUCUUCUUGAACACUGCCAACUCUCUUGCCGAUGGUGGUCCUGUCGGUCUCCUUCUGGGUUACGUCGUCGUUGGCACCAUCUGCUAUAGUGUCAUGAUUUCCCUCGGUGAAAUGGUCGCAUAUCUCCCCGUCCCCGGUGGUCAUAUCAAACUUGCUGAAAGAUUCGUCGACCCCGCCUUCUCAUUCACAAUGGGUUGGAAUUACUGGUACAACUGGACGAUCGUUCUUCCCGCAGAACUCAGUGCUGCUGCAGUACUCAUCAAUUACUGGAAUCAAACCAUCAACAACGCCGUGUGGAUCACCAUCUUCCUCGUCGUAGUCAUCACGAUCAACUUUUUCGGUGCAGGUGCAUAUGGAGAAGCCGAAUUCAUCUUCUCCUCCGUCAAGGUUAUUACCAUCACAGGUCUCAUCAUCCUCGGCAUCGUCCUCGAUCUAGGCGGCGGUCCCAAUCACGAUCGUAUCGGUUUCCGCUACUGGAAGCACCCCGGCCCCUUCGUCCAGUACAACGACAUUGGGGGGGUCACGGGCCGCUUCCUCGGAUGGUGGAGCGUCAUGACCAACGCUGCGUUCUCCUACAUUGGCACGGAGAUCGUCGCCAUCGCGGCCGGUGAAGCAAAGAACCCACGGCGCAAUCUGCCCAAGGCAAUUCGUCGCGUUUACAUUCGUAUCCUGCUUUUCUACAUCGGCGGUGUCACCGUCAUUGGCCUACUCGUCCCUUCCAAUAACCCGUUCCUCAAUCUUGAGAAAUCCACUGCAGCAAAGUCACCCUUUGUGAUCGCCAUCAACACGGCUGGUAUCAAAGGUUUGCCCUCAGUCAUCAAUGCUGCCCUCUUGACGGCGGCUGCCUCGGCUGCAUCCAGUGACUUGUACACGAGUUCGCGUGCUCUUUACGGGCUUGCGCUCGUCGGAAACGCGCCCAAGAUCUUCACCCGCACCUCGCGUAAUGGGGUGCCCUUUGUUUCCUUGAUUUUCUGCGCGGCUUUCUCUACUUUGGCGUACAUGGGAGUCACGAGUGGAUCAGGGAAAGUGUUUAACUGGUUCGCCAACAUGACUUCCGUUGCCGGGUUGAUGACGUGGUUUGGCAUCUGCGUCACGUACCUUCGCUUCUAUGACGGUCUCAAGGCCCAAGGGUACGACCGCACCAAGUUGCCGUACUGGACGCGACUGCAGCCCUUCGCGGCGUGGUACGGUGCAUGCUUCUGCUUCAUCGUCUGCCUUCUCAGCGGAUGGGCGGUGUUCCUGAAGGGCAAUUGGGUCACCGCGACCUUUGUCACGAACUACCUGCCAUUCGUGCUCUUUCCCAUCCUGUAUAUUGGUGCAAAGAUAUGGAUCAGGGUUCCCUUGGUCGCUCCACAAGACAUGGACUUUGUGAGCGGGCUGAAGGAGAUUGAGGCUGCAACGUACGACGAACCGCCUCCGCGGAACUGGCUAGAGGCGUUUUGGGGAUGGUUGCCGCCGCGUUUCAUGGCACCACGCAUCCAAUUUGAAUCCGGCCUCCACACGGACGACGCAACCGCGGACAGGAGCGACAGUCCUACGCUGGGCUUUUGGGGCGGGACGCAGGCUGCCGCAGAGUCUGAUAACGAUCGGGACUCGUUCGACGCCCAUCCCAUGCUCUCCCCCUACGCCUCCUCCAAGCCUAACAUGCGAGACCAGUCCCGCGUCGCCGUCCUCUCCAGCCUUGUCUCCUCUCACGACGACUGGUCGUCGGAAAUCGACCCCCCCUCUCCCGGUGUGAUCCCUUCCAGUGCUUAUAUCGUAGACUCUCCCUCGUCCGCCAUGCCCUCCUCGUCUGCCCCCCUUCCCCGCUUGCAAAAUCAUCCAGAGCGCUCCGCACCCGACAACGAUUCUUUUCUUUCCGAAACGGGCCUCUCCCAAUCCUCCGCUCGUUCUCCCUCUCUGCCUGCCGCGCUUCCAGAUCCAUCGCAGUUUCCAGAUCCCUAUCCCUAUCGCCCCCCCAGGUGGCAGCACGGCGCAGCUACCCCUGCCCUAUCGUCUGCUGAUUCGUCCUCGGCAUCCACCAGAUCCUCCGCAUACACGAGUUCUGCGCGCUCGGGCGAUUAUGGUCAUGUGCACGUUGUCUCCGGCGAUCCAGAACAGCUCCUCGGUAGCGGCCUGACCACAGACGAUGUCGUGCAGCUGCUGGCCCGCGACUCAUCCUCAUCCUCUGCAAUGCAGGGCAGGAGCCCCUAUGAGCAGGGCCGCUGGUCGGAUCUGUACGCCAACAGCAUCAGAUCCCGCUCGUCUUCGGUUGGAAACAGCAGGCCCGAUCCCGCCGCACAAGAGACGAGCUUUCGCACCUUGCGAACCACCCCUAGCUUUGACAUGGCUUGGCAACCCGUAGAUGAGCGCGAUGAAGCCGAACUAGCGAGCGAGGACGAGAUUACAGAUGACGACGAUUGCCUGGACGAUGAAGAACCGAUUGACGAUGAAGAGCAGCCCACUAGCGCAAUGGUCAUCGCUGAGGAAGGCCGUGGUGUCAUUGUGCGGGGAGACGACGCCCCUAUAGUUAGACUUCAGGUCAAGCCUGGUACGACCCAUCUACUUAUUGGCUCUUCUACCACCCCGAACGCCGUGCCUGCGUUUCUGACCGGCGCGCUGCCCCAAAUCGCCAGUUCCCUCCUCGCUCUCGAUAUUUCGGCUAAUUUUCUCGGUGCUCUCCCUCCUGUACUCGCCGCCUGUCUGAAUCUGGAGGAGCUGAACAUAGCCUCUAAUCCCUUGCGCGCUUUACCCGAAUUUCUUUCUAGACUGACCUCCCUGCGUGUUCUCAUCGUGGAUUCUACCGGAAUCAACACUUUGUCCGAGUCGUUGAGCUCGGCGGAUAAGCUGCAUACGCUCAGUAUUCGGCGCAACAAGUUCAAUUUCUUGCCCAGCUGGCUUUGGUCCUUGGAAGGCUCUGAUGGAGCCGCUGCUGUCGAAGACACCAAUGUCGCCCCUCUAUCCGCCUUCCACACCUAUGUUUCCCUUGCCAUCCGCCAGUGCUAUUAG